AGGGAAUCUGUCAAGGCCACUCAAACGUUUCUCCAAGGCUGCGUGAGAGAAGAGGUUUGUUUUUCUUUUGGAAAGACGGAGCCCUUUUCCCUACUGGGCUCUGAUUUCUAGUAGGAGAAGCCCCGCCUCUCAGGGCCGGAGAUUGGCCCAACUCGUUCUCAGAUAAUUUAUGCCAGCAUCCUCUCGGUCUUAUUGGCUCCCCUGCUCCAUUCCGCUGGGAGUCGCAUCCUACCUGGUUGGGAGGUGUACUGCCUUCCCACACUCUCCCUUCUCGUACUCACUCACCCGGCUGCUGCUGAGGUGGGAGAAAAAGUCCUGGCUGGGAGAGCUGAGCGGAAAAAGCAAUCCUGAUGGGUUCUUGGAAAGCUGCUCUCUUGUCCCCUUUUCUUUUGUGGAGCCAAAGUAGAGUGGUGAGGCUGAUGUUCUUGUUACUGACCCUGCAUUUGGGAAACUGUGUUGAUAAAGUGGAUGACGAAGAUGAUGAGGAUUUAACAGUGAACAAAACUUGGGUCUUGGCACCAAAGAUUCAUGAAGGAGAUAUAACACAAAUUCUCAACUCAUUGCUUCAAGGCUAUGACAAUAAACUUCGCCCAGAUAUAGGAGUGAGGCCCACAGUAAUUGAAACUGAUGUUUAUGUAAACAGCAUUGGACCAGUUGACCCCAUAAAUAUGGAAUACACAAUAGAUAUAAUUUUUGCCCAAACCUGGUUUGAUAGUCGUUUAAAAUUCAAUAGUACCAUGAAAGUGCUUAUGCUUAACAGUAAUAUGGUAGGAAAAAUUUGGAUUCCUGACACUUUCUUCAGAAACUCAAGAAAAUCUGAUGCACAUUGGAUAACAACUCCUAAUCGUCUGCUUCGAAUUUGGAAUGAUGGACGAGUUUUAUAUACUUUAAGAUUGACAAUUAAUGCAGAAUGUUAUCUUCAGCUUCAUAACUUUCCUAUGGAUGAACAUUCCUGUCCGCUGGAAUUUUCAAGCUAUGGGUACCCUAAAAAUGAAAUUGAGUAUAAGUGGAAAAAACCUUCUGUAGAAGUGGCUGAUCCUAAAUACUGGAGAUUAUAUCAGUUUGCAUUUGUAGGGUUACGGAACUCAACUGAAAUUUCUCACACCAUCUCUGGGGAUUAUAUUAUUAUGACAAUUUUUUUUGACCUGAGCAGACGAAUGGGAUAUUUCACUAUUCAGACCUACAUUCCGUGUAUUCUGACAGUUGUUCUUUCUUGGGUGUCUUUUUGGAUCAAUAAAGAUGCAGUACCUGCAAGAACAUCACUUGGUAUCACCACAGUCCUGACUAUGACAACUCUGAGCACAAUCGCCAGGAAGUCAUUACCUAAGGUUUCUUAUGUGACUGCGAUGGACCUCUUUGUUUCUGUUUGUUUCAUUUUUGUUUUUGCAGCCUUGAUGGAAUAUGGCACCUUGCAUUAUUUUACCAGCAACAAAAAAGGAAAGACUUCUAGAGACAGAAAGCAAAAAAAUAAGAGCUCGAUGUCCCCUGGACUCCAUCCUGGAUCCACUCUGAUUCCAAUGAAUAGCAUUUCUCUGCCACAUGGAGAAGAGGAUUAUGGGUACCAGUGUUUGGAGGGCAAAGAUUGUGCCAGUUUCUUCUGCUGCUUUGAAGACUGCAGAACAGGAUCAUGGAGGGAAGGAAGGAUACACAUACGCAUUGCCAAAAUUGACUCCUAUUCUCGAAUAUUUUUCCCAACAGCUUUUGCCCUAUUCAAUUUGGUUUAUUGGGUUGGCUACCUUUAUUUAUAAAUUCUGUUCACUAGGCAAAAACCAUAAGAAGUUUAACUAAAUCGAUAAAAUCUACUGCACUUCAGUAACAGGAAGUUUUAAAUUUAAAAUGCAGGAAACCAAUGUAAAAUUAAAACUAUUAAAAUGUAAAACUAUUGAACCAUUCUAUGGCUUCAAAGGUAAAUAAAGUAGCAGCUUUCAUAUUAAUUUACUUAAAUGUAUGUAAAAUAGAUUAGUCGCAAAAUUCAGUAUAUAAAGUACUAUUAUAUAUUUUUACUUUAAUCUUAUUUAUUUUACUUAUAUCCCAUUAGGAUUUUGAAUUUGUUAAGUUCUGUGAUUCAUAUUUUAAAGAUGGAUUACUUUAAUUAUUUUAAUAAUAUUAUAUUUAAAUAUAAUCUGUCCCUUUUUGUAAUGGGAGCAUAAUCUCAUGCCUAAUGUUUAUAUAGUAAUUUUUUGCUUGGAAAAUAUUGUUAUUUUCAUUUUUCUCUUACUUUUUAUUUGUAUGCCCUGUUUUCAAUAGAGCUAGUGAAAACCAUGAUUUCCUGGCAUUUCUAUCCAGAUGUUUUACUCCCAAGAACAAAUUAAAUUAGAAGAAAAGGCCAGUUUUUACCUUAUUAUAAGACCAGUUUUUAAUCUGUAUUUUAGUCAAGUCCAUUUCCUGACACAAUAUUAAAUAGAACUCUAGUUACAUUUAGUUUUGGUGAUUUACCAACUAGGAUGGAAACCACCAAGGUCAUUUCUUUUAAAUACAAGGGGAAAAUAAAAUGUUACACUUAUCAUUUUAUUCUCUGCCUCACAGCAUUUAUGAAGUAUGAAGAAGUUAACACUGAAAUGUUUGGAUCUACCAAGACUGAAAUUAAAUACAGAAAGAAUUGAUUUUUUUCUUUAUGCUCUACAAAAGCAUUGCAUUCUCUAAAUUAACAAAACGUUGAAGAAUAGUGCUUGUAUAUACUUAUUGUGGAUAAAGAAUUAUUAUGUAACAAAGUGAGUAACAGUUCAUAUUGAGGAUAUGGGCUUAAAUAUGUAUCAUUAAUAAUUGCUGGACUAAAAACAUUCUAGAAAUAUAGUUUUAGGUGCGUGUCAUAUAUUGUCUUUUCCAGCUCCUACGUUUGGCUCCUGUCAGUUUUACAUCUUUGUUAUAAAUUGUUAUGAUGUUCUCUUUUUUAAAAAAUGAAAGCAAGCUCAAAAAUCAUGUUAAAAGUAAAAUUCUGUUAUAGGCAUCUCUAAGGAACAUGAGUGCAGGAGCCCUCUAACUUCUUAGAGAUAAAAGCAGAGAAAGCCUCACUGUAGUGUAAAGCCUGUUGGUUAAUAGUUUCCCAAAUGCCUCUUUCAUGAAGAGGAGAGUUAAAUUUAGGCUUUAAUCAUUACGUUCUUGUAAAUAGUUUGGCAUAUCAGUUGUUUAUUAAGAACUCCAUGCUCAUUCAUCUAAUUUGGGGGGAAAUCACCAAAGUGAUCUUGGUAAUAACCUUUAAAAAUAGUUUCCAUUGCCAGGAACAAGUAUGAGGAUAAGGAGUGCUGUGAUCAAAGCCUAGCCUACGGAAUGUGGAGGAAGCUCACACCUGUGCAUUUGACACAGAAAUUCCCCCAACUGGUUAGUGAAUACAUGAGUGAGGCUUUGACAUGGUUAUACUUAUCUUUUUAGAAUAUAUAGUUUUUUUAAAUCUAAAUACAUUUCAUUGUGUGUUCCUUAGCUAAAUCAGAUUUUUUUUUUACUUUGAUUAUAAACCUCUGAAAAAAAGUAAGCAUGAAUUGACUGAUAAUGCCCAAAAUAUCCACCGACACUACCUUUUUUGAAUGGAGAGCCAAAUUAAACUUUGGCCAUGUAUAUAUUCACGUACAAAUUAUUCACGCGUUCAUUUUUAUAACGUUGAGUGUUGAUGGAUAUUCUUAAUGUGAACAUUCAUUUAUGGAUAAAUGAAAAAUGAACUAUCCAUGGAGAAUAAAACACUUCACUAAAAUGUACUAUGGCUAUUUCCGUGUAUUAAGCUAUAACCUGUUCAUUUUCAUGAAGGCAAUUUUAAUUCUGGGAUUCCUCAACUCUAUCUGAGCAUGACUGUAUUUUAAAAUACUUUAAAAUGCUUAAUAUAAAUAGCUUGGAUGUUCUCAUUGGUGUUCCAUGAACUUGGCUUCAAAUGUUGGCAAUAUUAAGAAGCGGAAAUAAAAUUGAUGAAAAUAUGAAA